AUGAAAUCUGUACUUCUAGCAAUCGCAAUCUUUGCGAUUGCGUGUAUGAAUCUUGUCGCAUCCGCCCAGCCGUAUAUCGAGCUGGAGUUCAACGCCGCGACUGAUCGUUCGCCGUCGCCGGAUUACGAGUUCAGGACCAUCCGCGUGACACUGCUGCUCGAUACGGCGCAAGUGGGGGAUGUCUCUGGAGGUGUAGGAAUCUUCGAUGUCGAAGAGAUCACCAUCGAACUCGAUCAGAGCAGCGACAUCGAAGGCAAACGCUUCUUCGCACGCACCGCGCCGAUGCUCACACUCACCAAAUCGGACUCGGACUCAGAUUUCUUCCCACCUGAGCUCAUCCUCUUCGAGGACCCCAGCACCGGAUACUGGGACUUCUCGAUCUUCCUCACAAACAUCUCCGCAACCGGAAUCUUCGGCACCAACGAGUUCACCGAUGUCACGAUCAGCAUGCCCACCAUCGAUCCAGUCGCGAUCAACAACGCGCUCCCAAACCUCCCAUCAGAUCCAAACGCGUACUACCCAGCACGCGACCCAUCCAGUUUCUACGGCAUCACCAUGAACUGGUCAGGAUCCACCCACUUUGGAAACGCACACUGGAUCUACAACCUCAACAACCCAAACCCAGGUUCACCAAGCGACAACGGGAAGUGGAUCGGUCUCGAAUCACGCAUCGGUGAAAGAACCAACAAAAGCGAGUCAUGUCCCGGAGAUCUCAACGAAGACGGCAACCUUAACUUUCUCGAUGACCACAUCAUGAAGCAACACACAUUCAUACUCGCACUCUUCGCCAUCAUCACGACAUCGAUCGCAUGCACUGUUGCCAUCGCGCAGCCGUAUAUCGAGCUGGAGUUCAACGCUGCGUCUGAACCCGAGCCAAUCCCGGAACCCGGAUUCAGAUUCACGAUGGUGAAUGUCAAGGUCCUGCUCAAUGCCGGAGAACCCGGACAGGUGUUCCAAGACCUCGCGAUCUUCCCGAUCGAGGAGAUCACCGUCGAGCUCAACGCCGCCAAUACGCUGGAGAACCCGAUCUACCGACCGAGCGAAGCCCCAGAUCUAAUCCUGACCAAGGAAGUCUUCACAAGCAGCGGAGGUAUUCCCCCUGAGCUGCAGAUGACCAGAGAUCCCUUUACUGGUCACUGGGACUUAAGCGUCUACCUAGUCAAUAUCUCUCCCAACGGUUUGUUCGGAACCAACGAGUUCGGAGAGCUCUCGUUCUCCCUCACAUCGCUCGACGGCCCAGCAUUCACGGACGCGAUUCCAAACCUCCCAUCAGAUCCAAACGCAUACUACCUCGUCCGCACUGACGAACGUCCCUACAUGAUUGAGAUCAAUUGGACUGGAAACACCUACAGAUCAGGAGAAGCUAGGUGGGGUUUCUUGCCCUUCAAUCCAGCCCUCGUUGAGUCUGGACGCCACCUCGAUUACGAAGCACGCAUCGGAGAAGACCCCAACCCAAUCGAGCCUUGUCCCGGAGAUCUCAACGAAGACGGCAACCUCAACUUCCUCGAUGUCUCCAAGUUCCUCGACCUCUACGGCAUGGGGCCGAUAUCGAGGGACCUCUAUGCUUACACAGCACGCAACCAGAAAACCUUCCACGUCAUCCAGGCGAUCCUCGAGAAUGACCCCGCCGCCUUCGAGCGACUGAUGCGACGCUACAACCAGCGUCUCUUCCGAGUUGCCAGAGCUGUCGUCAAGGACGACACCGAAGCCGAAGAUGUCGUCCAGGAAGCGUACAUGAACGCGUUCGCGUCGCUCCGUAGCUUCGAGGGUCGCGCCCGAUUCUCAACCUGGAUCACCCGCAUCACCUACCACGAAGCACUGCGCCGAAAGCGAGCGCAAUCCGUCCGCACAAGACACCUCCCCUCGCUGAGCCGAGUCCGAUCGGUCUUGAGCCGGAGCACCACUCAGGAAGACACGCUGAAUCCCGAUACUAAGCUCCUGGUCUGCGAAGCCUUCGAUCAGCUCCAGCCCAUGCAUCGCUCUGUGCUCAUGCUCAGACUCGUCGAGGGACUCUCAACGCAGGAAACCGCCGAGUGCCUCCAGAUCAGCGACUCCAAUGUCAAAGUCCAGCUGCAUCGCGCAAAGAAGAGUUUCGAGCGGAUCAUGCGGAACGCAUCAGACGAUCAGCUCAUCGAACGCUUCUCCUUCGCUGGUCACCAAUGCGACUCGAUCGUGCACACAGUGCUGUCUCGCCUCAAGACCGAGCAAAAAACUGAAAGAAUGCUGUAA